UUGGCUCAUUCAUCCAAUCACACAGUCCGCCGAAAGGCUCGGGUUGAUGACGCGGUUCAGGCAUGUGUGCUCGAAUUGGAGGAUGUUGAGAUCUUCACAUCAGUGCAAAGACAUCACAGCGUUCAUCGGAGGGGUUUGUUUAUAGCCUUGCAUUCAAGUUCACACCGAAGUAUUGGAUCUAAUUUCAUGCAGAUGGCUCAGUCUCCACAUCACGAGACAAAAGCUUUGCUUUACCGAGCUCCCCCAGAGGUGCGUGGUAUGGUCUCUCUGGACCGAGACGCCUUCACUCAGACUAUCGUCAUUCCAUCCCUACGGGUUCCCAAGGGCGUCCUGAACAAAGUGGUGAAGAGUCUGAAAAGGACGAUCGUUCAGCGACCGGGUAUACCCCGUGUGGUACAAGACAAGGAAGACGGCAUUGAGGAGGAUGACAUGCGCCUGGUCUUGUUGGAUCCACUCAGAGUGUCAUCACUAAGUUCCUUUAACGAAGCCGAGACAGAGGCACUGCGGUCGUUCGCUGUCCCCCAGGAGCUCCAGGAUUAUAACCUGCAGCUGAAAUACUGCAACCUGAAGACAGAGGAGGUACUGGAGGCUGUUCUCCCCGAGGGUCAAGAGAUCACCUCCGCGUUCAGCCGGGUGGGACACAUCGCACACAUGAACUUGAGAGAUCACCACAUGCCCUUUAAAAACCUCAUAGGCCAGGUCAUAAUCGACAAAAACCCUGGUGUGAGCUGCGUGGUCAACAAGACCAACAUGAUUGAUAACACGUACCGCAACUUUAAGAUGGAGUUGCUAGCCGGAGAGGAGAAUAUGGUGGCUAAGGUGAAAGAAAACGGCUCGAGCUACGAGUUUGAUUUCUCGCGGGUGUACUGGAACCCCCGGCUGAGCACGGAGCACAUGAGGGUGGUGCAGGAGGUGAAGCGCGGCGACACGGUGCUGGACGUGUUUGCGGGCGUGGGGCCCUUCGCCAUCCCGGCGGCCCGCGCCGGCGCCACCGUGCUGGCCAACGACCUCAACCCCGAGUCCCACCGCUGGCUGCAGCACAACGUCAAGAUCAACAAGGUGGCCGCCGCGGUGCGCACCUUCAACCUGGACGGCAGGGCCUUCGUCCGCGGGCCGGUGAGGCAGGAGCUGCCCGCGCUGCUCAGAGCCAAGGCCGGCGUUCACAUCGUCAUGAACCUGCCCGCCCUGGCGGUGGAGUUCCUGGACUCAUUCAGGGGCCUCCUGGCCGGAGAGCCGAGCUGCGACGCCGCCCUGCCCACCGUCUACUGCUACGGCUUCUCCAAAGACGAGGACCCCGAGAGGGACAUGAUGCUGAGGGCCUCCCAGAGCCUCGGCGUCAGCCUGGACGGGAGAUGCUCGGUGCACUUUGUGCGCAACGUAGCGCCGAACAAGGACAUGAUGUGUGUGAGAUUCCCGCUCCCCAAAGAGGUGCUGUUCAGCUCUGAGGGUGAGCAGACAGGGCCUGAAGCAGAACCCGCUCCCAAGAGGCAGAAGUGUGGAGAGACGGCAGACUAGAGAUGGUGGACAUCAGGGUACUGCGGGGAGCACGCCGUGGUCGUUUAUUUAUUUUUUUUUAAUUAUAUGCUAAUGCCAUAAUAAAUGGAGACAAACCCUG